CUACGGAAGCUCGUCCCAGCUGUGACCUGCUCUGAGUUUCUCUCAGUAACAUGGAGUCGAAGCAGUGAAGAAGAAUCAUGAUCAACUUCAAGCUGCUGCAGAAGAACAAGACGAUCAGAUAUGGAGUCCCGAUGAUCUUGCUGAUAGUUGGAGGUUCCUUUGGCCUGCGAGAGUUCACACAACUGCGAUAUGAUUCCCAGAAGAUCAAGGGAAAGCUGGAUCCUUCGCUGGAGGCCAAAGUCAACCUGGAGAAGCAGCCGGUGAUGCUGGAGGAGCAGUACGAGAGGAUAAAGGAGAAGAAUCUGGACGGGUGGAGGAACAUCCGUGGCCCUCGUCCCUGGGAGGACUCGAGGGACUACCAGGAGCAGCAGCGAAUCCAGCAGAACAAACAGGACUGAGGCUCCGUGUGGCCCGGCAGCGCCGACUGAAAACUGAAAAAACGCCACAGCCGGACGGACCAGACGAGAAUGGACGCCGUCUGUGGGGAAGAAGCCGCAGAGACCCAAUUAUCCCAGAAGCCACAACCACCGGCUCAACUUGUUUCUUUGCUUGUGUUGGACUUGAAGCUUUGGACAUGUGCAUUGUUGUGGUCUCCUCUGGUUGUUCAGGGUUGUUUGUGGUUAAAUCUAUACCACAUGAGCUUAAAACC